CGAUGGAAUGUUCUAUCGAAUGCGACGACGCUUUUUUGAACCCAUCUCCGAAGCCGCACCAUGGCCAGGCUUCCAAUACUACGGUAGCGAAGCGCCUCUUAAACGUCUAGGGUCCCAGGUGCAAUGGUUCGAUGCACCGUCAGCAGGCGGACUGUCAAGCUUGCUGCCUUACUUUGCUCCCAACUCGGGGAGGUGUCGUCUCAGAGGACGCUGACGCAUUCAUAUACACUGCAAAGGUCGAGCAAAGAUCUUCGCCUGACUUUCGGUAUGGACUUACUGCAACCAGUGACUGUGCGCCUUCGCGUGACCCGUAAAGGUCACCAUCUCACAGGCCGUUGAACCUUUGCAGCCAGUUCUUUUACCCUCAACGCUUGGGCAAUCGUGCCAAUUGACGAUCCGAUGAUUGAAUCGGGGCUAUCUUUACCCAAC